GGAUGUGUUGCCAUGGCGAUAGGAAUGUGAAUCUGGCGUAAAACGGAGGAAGACAGUAUUUCAAUCUCCCAGUCAUGUCUUAUCGAGAGUUAAGAAAUCUCUGUGAAAUGACCCGAGCCAUCGGUUAUCCCCGCAUACUUUCAAUGGAGAAUUUUCGUACGCCAAAUUUCAAACUCGUUGCUGAACUGCUUGAAUGGAUUGUUAAGAGGUUUGAUCCUAGCGCAACGAUCAGUGCCGAGCAGACUGCUACUGAACAGGACCGAGUUCUCUUCAUAAAACAAGCAGUUCUACUUUUGCUGCAAAAUUCAAGACUCAAGCUGAAUCCUCGAAAACUUUAUCAAGCGGACGGAUAUGCUGUACAAGAACUGUUGCCAGCUGUAAAGUUGCUCUAUGAAGCAGGAAAGCAGUCCUCACCAGAGGAUAUGCACGCUCAUUGGAACACUAUAAAAGCGAAGUUGAAUGCAAAAGUACAAGAAAUUCGAGUGGCAAGGCAGCUGUCUACUCAACUACCUCAGACUGGAGCUGCAUUGCAUGAGCUACUUGGGAAAGAACUUUACUACAGACAACAGCGUAACAGAGCGACUUCGCGAGCUAUUCCUCUGGCUGAAGCAGAGAAGACUGUACAAAAAUCUAUUGAAGCAAUAGUCUCAGACACAGCAGACAUCACGAGUAAAUUGAGUAAUGUAGCAAACGACGAAGCAGCUCUUGAUGAGAAGAUCGAACGCAGAAAGAAAGAAUACGAGCAGAUGCAAAAGCGCUAUGUGAAGUUACAGUCUUUUCGACCACAGUAUAUGGAUGAGUACGAAAAGCUUGAAGCUAAGCUAAAGGAGCUCUAUGAGAUAUACGUCGUAAAAUUUCGAAACUUGACCUAUCUUCAACAGUUACAGCUGGAGAUGGAAAAAGCAGAUAGACAGAAGCAGGCAGAAUCUGAGAGGAAUAUGCGACAAGUGGUCGAGAAGAUGCGUAUGGAACUUAAUUCUCAGGACAACAUUACUGAAGAUGAGGUGCCACCAAUCAAUCAGGAAAGGAGAAGUUCAAAACGAGUAUUUGGAAAUAUGACCGGUGCCGGUAUGUCCGAUGAUGAUGAAGACGACGAGAAUGAAGCCGCUGAGGUGAACACUGACAGCGGAGAUGAAAAGGAAAAAUCGGUUCAUGACGAAGAAGAGAAGCUCGAUUUGAGCAGUGGCGAUGACUUCUGAGCAAUUUGAUGAUUAUUCAUCAUGAUCAAGCUAAAAGUGCUACUUUUUCGUCUAUGAUAGUGUCCAAAAUUUUGCGCACUUUAUGCGCAAGCCAUCCAGAGG